AUGAAGUUGAGCUGCACCUCAGCACGGGUGCUGAUAAAUGGGUGCCGAUGGCAGGGGGCGAGGAGGCUGGCGGCGCCGGGCUUAGCUGCCGGGGUAUUUUGGGCGGCCGCGGUCGGGCUGACACUGGGCUCCCUGUCCCCACCCCCUUGCAGGUACUACUUUGUGGUGGAGGAGGACAACACGCCGCUGUCGGUGACGGUGACGCCGUGCGACGCGCCGCUGGAGUGGAGGCUCACGCUGCAGGAACUGCCCGAGGACGCGAGCGGGGAGGCCUCUGGCGAGCCAGAGCCGCUGGAUCAGCAGAAGCAGCAAGCCACGGCAGAGGAGGAGGAAGGGGCAGAGCUCUUCGCCUAUAAAGGCAACGACGUCGAGUCCUACAUGGCCACCAGCUCGCCAUCUGGCCUGUACCAGCUGGAACUUGUCUCCACUGAGAAGGACAGCAGCUUCAAGGUGUACGCCACCACCACCCCUGAGUCGGAUCAGCCAUACCCAGAGCUGCCCUUCGAUCCCCGGGUGGACGUCACCUCCCUUGGCCGUACCACGGUGACGUUGGCCUGGAAACCAACACCCACCGGGUCCCGUCUGAGGCAGCCAGUGCAGUACUGUGUGGUGGUCAACAAGGAGCACAACUUUAAGAGUCUGUGCGCCGUCGAGGCUAAGAUUGGGGGAGAUGAUGCCUUCAUGGUGGCUCCCAAGCCCGGUCUUGACUUCAGCCCCUUUGACUUCAUCCACUUUGGGUUCCCCUCGGAGAAUGACCUUGGCAAGGGUCGCUCCUUCACCUCCAACAAGGCCCUGAGUAACAAGAUCUCCCGCUCAUACAUGGCCAAGCCCAAAGCGGACAUCCAGAAGAUCUGCAUCGGCAACAAGAACAUCUUCACCAUGGCCGACCUGAAACCGGACACACAGUACUACUUUGACGUCUUUGCCGUCAACACUGCCAGCAACAUGAGCACAGCCUACGUGGGCACCUUCGCCCGCACCAAGGAGGAGGCCAAGCAGAAGACCCUGGAGCUGAAGGACGGCAAGGUCACCGACAUCUUCAUCAAGCGAAAGGGCAGCAAGUUCCUGAGGUUCGCUCCUGUAUCCUCACACCAGAAAGUCAUGUUCUAUGUCCACUCCUGCCUGGAUACGGUUCAGAUCCAGGUCCGGAGGGAUGGGAAGCUGGUCCUCUCCCAGAACGUCGAGGGCGUGCGGCAAUUUCAGCUCCGAGGUAAAGCUAAGGCUAAGUAUCUGGUGCGACUUCGAGGAAGUCGCAAGGGAGCAUCCAUGCUGAAGCUCUUGGCGACGACCCGGCCCAACAAGCAGCCCUUCCCGUCCCUGCCUGAGGACACACGCAUCAAGGCCUUCGAUAAGCUCCGCACCUGCACCUCUGUCACCGUAGCCUGGCUCGGCACACAGGAGAGGAACAAAUUCUGCGUCUAUCGGCGCGAGGUUGACGACGCCUACGGUGAAGAACACCGGCGACGCGAGCAGAACCAGUGCACUGGGCCUGAGACCCGCAAGAAGUCUGAGAAGGUCCUCUGCAAGUACUUCCACAGUCCAAACCUCCAGAAGGCCGUCACCACGGAAACGAUAAAGGGCCUGGAGCCGGGCAAGUCCUAUCUGCUAGAUGUUUACGUGGUUGGCCAUGGCGGCCAUGCGGUCAAGUACCAGAGCAAACUGGUCAAAACGAGGAAGUUUUGUUAAUGACUUUGUAAAUAAUAAAUAUAUUAUAUAUAUUAAAAAAAGAAGUUUAUUUAACUCUAAGCGAUAUUCUACUAAGGAGUGUAUACGGACUGACUACUCACACAGCUUAAGGCCUGUGACAGUAUUGGAACUGUUUAGAGAUCGAUGUGUACAUUUAUGUUUACAUAACCCUGCGGUCGUUCUGGACAGUUUGGACAGCGGGUUUUUGUUUUUCGGCCUGGGUCCCACCACCGCCACUGAUUGACGUGGGUGGGAGGACUUGUUGUCUCGUGUUCCUUCGUCGCUGCAUGAGUACCCCUUCCUGUUUUAGUCCGUCCGGUCUCCUCAGCGGAACGUUCUGGAAAACCCGCCGGCUGUACCCUCGGCCCCCGUCGCUAUCCAUGUACGCGGUAUGUCCACAGUACACAUUAGAAGACUUUAAAUUAUUUCAUACAUCUGUUUUUUUUUUUUAUAUUAAUUAUUAUUAUUAUGCCGAUUAAGAAAACGGUAAAUCUAUGAAGUAUGAUCGAUGUUCGGACGCGCUGUUGUGUCUAUCAUCCUGUUUUGUAAAUGUCUCCUUCCUGUGAUGAAACUCUGUGUUUUACUACUAUGUCUCCAAUGUACAAAGUUGUCCUGGCAGUAUCCAUGUACAUAAAAACUAAAUACAUAAAAUGUCA